CGCCCCAGUGCCUGCUGCUCUUCUCCCCCAAAUCCAGCCCCGCCGCCGAGCACCUCCGCCCCAACGCCAGCGACUCCGCCCACUACCCAUCGCCGGACCCCCCGCGACCUCCGCCCUCUACCCCAACGCCGGCGACCCCCACCAUCUGCAUCUCCCCUCCCCUUCUCUCCAGCAAAAUCCACCGGAUCGACUCGACCCACACAGGCCGCGCCCAGAUCUGCCGGUAGAGGAGGAGGAGCCUCCUCCCGCCACCACCUUGCCUCCUCCCGCCACGAGCAGAGCAGAUCGGGCCGCGUGACAGCGGGCAUGGAGGAGGACGCGGCGGCUGCUGCUGCCGUGGCACCCGACUCGUGGGAGACGGCCUACCUCGAUGGGUCCAUGAGCCGCCUGUUCCUCUCCUCCUCCUCCUCCGGUGGCGCAGCGCAAAGGGUCUCCUCCUCGCCCGACCUCGCCCACGACCACCAUCAGCUUCUCGAUGGUUCAGGGCCCGCCGCCACUUCAGGCCCCCCUCAUCCCACCACCGGUUCAGGGCUCGUCCCUGGACCAGAUGUUCAAGUACAGCCCCAUCCACCGCAUCGACCUGGAGCCAGAUCCUGGGCUUUAAUGUUUCUUCGUGAGCAUCAGUAAAAAGAAGUCGGAGGAAGAAUAUUUCUUGCUCAUUGGAGCUAGUUCUGAGAGUAAUGGAGUCCUUUAUGCUGCUCCUAUUUGUAUGUGUGUUAUGUGAUGUAGCAGAAUGUGGCUCCUGUGAUUGUACACUUGUGGAGCUUGUUAUCUGAUUGUAAACUUGAUGCUGAUCACAUUUGUAUGUGUGUUAUAUGAUGUAGCACUUUGAUGGUUGA